AACAACCCUUGGCACUAUGUUCCUAUUGCUGAGCUGAAGGAGAAGAUUGAUCGUCGUUCUGGGAAAAAGCUGGAAGAUGGCCCCAAAUUCUUGAAAUCUGGUGAUGCUGCCAUCGUUGAUAUGGUUCCUGGCAAACCCAUGUGUGUUGAGAGCUUCUCUGACUAUCCUCCUCUGGGCCGCUUUGCUGUUUGUGACAUGAGACAGACGGUUGCUGUGGGUGUCGUCAAAGCAGUGGACAAGAAGGCAGCUGGAGCUGGCAAGGUCACCAAGUCUGCCCAGAAAGCUCAGAAGGCUAAAUGAAUAUUAUCCCCAAUA